AUGCCACAAGGACAUAAUCGUCAAGUGCGGCAAGACUAUAUUGAGCUAGAAGUGACUCGGAAUUCCUUGACCGAUGAGAGGCCGGAGGAACAACACACAACCAUUCCCGAAAUUUCCAGCUCCCGACUCGAGGGCUGGAAGUUCACUCUUUUCUUAGCUUUCAUCUCAAGCGCAGUCGUUCUGAGUCUCAACAUUGCAUUUUUGUCAUACUCCUUAACAAAUUUAAAUCCCUUGAUCAGCACCAUCAUAUAUGACGGAGAUUGUGAUACUGCUCAUCGUCUGUCGGCCGGCUUUCAUUUGCUGAUUAACGUUCUUGGAAGCAUACUAUUGAGUGCCAGCAAUUUCGGCAUGCAAUGCCUAGCCGCGCCCACACGGCAGAUUAUUGAUAGAGCCCAUAGAAAAGGCCACUGGGUGGAUAUCGGCAUACCUAGUCUUCACAACUUAUCUCAAGUGUCUCGAAAGCACUUAAUCUUUUGGUUAUGCCUGGCAUUGUCAUCUCUACCCUUUCACCUCGUAUAUAACUCGGCCGUCUAUUCCACAACGUCGGCCUACGUAUACGAUAUUUUCGCCGGCUCGGGGUCUCUCGGGCAGAAAGACAUUUCCCAAGUUAACCUUCGAUACCCCUACGAGUCAUCUUCUAAUAAGUCCUCUUCUUUUUCCGAGCUCCUGUCUGCAGCAAGACGUGGGAGCCUUCAGCACCUGGACAGUCAGACGUGUCGUGAUAAAUUUGCAGUCACGUUUCAACAAGCGUUUCAGAAGUUACUGGUCGUGACGGAUGAUGCCAAUGGAAGCAAUGAUACAUAUGCCUACAUCGAUACCGCGUAUGUUUUCACGCCGUUUACCGAGCCUACGGAAACACCCUAUAAUUGGCUGUGCGACUAUACAUCCCUGGAUAUCUCUGAUUGCAACAGGAGACGCAGAUAUCUUAACUACUCGUCACCAACCUCGCUCGAUGGCUGGGUCAUGUUUGUGGGAGAGUAUAACUCCACGGUUCAGUACUGCUUGGCUGAGAAAGCAGAUCAGCAUUGCAGGCUUCGGUACUCCUUUCCGCUCACAAUGGUCGUGAUAGGUUUUAAUCUGGUCAAAAUGUGUCUUUUGCUUUACAUGUGGGGCCGACCAUUAGAGGCACCAAUUCUGACUAGUGGGGAUGCAAUCGCGUCAUUCCUGCGGCGUCCCGAUCUUUAUUCCCAAUACCGGUGUCUAAGUACCAGUCGUGACGUGACAAGAGGCUCUGGAGGCAUGGGCUCCCUGGCUUCAGGGACCCCAUCGCCCGGACCCAAAGCAUUCGACAACGAACGGCAACGAUGGGGCGCCGCGGUCUCCGGCCGUCGGUGGAAAUUCUGCGUCUCACUCUGGCUGAGCGAAACUAUCGUCUGCGUUGUGCUGCUAGCUUACGGCGUCUCCCAGAUUUCCAGCAACCAGUCAGGCACCAACGCCUGGACGCUCGGGCUAGGCGCGGUCACCUCGAAUAGCCUGAUAUCCGGCCUCCACUGGCCGACCUCCCUCGUCAAGAACGUGCUUAUUGCUAACUCACCCCAACUGGUCUUCUCCUUCCUCUACCUCGCCUUCAACGGGUUGCUCACAUGCUUGACCAUGGCCGCGGAGUUGAGUGGCUACGCCGAAGCGCGCAAGGGCCUUCGGGUCUCGUCGAACCCCCAGCACGCGCAGCGAUCUAACUAUUUUCUCUCCGUCCCGUAUCGCUACGCGCUUCCGUUCAUAGCCACCUCCACCGUCCUUCAUUGGCUGAUUUCGCAGAGCCUUUUCUUGGUCGGCGUCGAAGAAUGGGACUCUGGCUCCGGGAGUGUAGUCUUCUUCAGUUGCAGCUGGUCUGCGGCAGGGAUCCUGAGCAGUAUCAUUGUUGGGGGCGUGUUUCUGGCGGGAAUUGUCGGGCUGAGUCGCCGGCGAUUGGACUCCGCUAUGCCCAUUGUGGGAAGUUGUAGCCUGGCGAUCGCCGCGGCGUGUCAUCCGGAAUUUGGUCUUAGCCUGCCUCGAGAGAACGGGACUGUGUUGCAGAGCGGGGAAUGCGUUGCUGUUUCCAGGGAAAUGGGCGAGUGGGAUAUGUCACUCUUGCCCGUCCAAUGGGGCGCGGUGCCGGUGACUGGCCCCAUAGGCCAUUGCAGCUUCACGAGUGGGCAGGUCGAGAUCCCUCAGGCAGGAGGAUUGUAUCAGUAA